AUGCCUUCUCGCCCCAUAUUCCUCAUUAUCUAUGCAGCCCCGCCUGGUCGACGUUCUCACUUCAGUAUAUGGGUCCCCACAACAGAGAAUGCGCGAGGUGGAACCAUCAUUCAUGUGGUUGGUGCUCCCAUGUUAGGAUUCUCACUGGAAUUCAAACGCGACUACAAGCCAGACACUACUUGGCGUACGAUAGAGAUGAUUCCAAUCGGGAACGUCAUGGAUCAGCAUUUGCAUCUUUCGGAAAGCAAUUCUGAAGCUUCGGACAUGCCAUGCAAUGACAUUGAGAGAGCAGCAACACAAGUCCAGCCGCCCAGAGCCAACCCAAAUUUCCUGACGGUAUGUAUACAGACAACGAGUUCUGACUGCCAGACAUGGAUGCUGGAGUAUGUUCGUCAUCUUGUUGCCAUCGGGUACCUUGAUGAAGCGGCCAUAAACAUAGUUCAGUCAAAACAAGACCCGCCACAAGUUGGCGUUGGACUACGAUCCAUUGCUGAUGCGCAGCAAAGUCAACAGUAA